AUGGGAAGAUUCUGGGUCAGCCUGGCCGGCGCUGGCUUCCUUCUUGCAUUACUGGUUUUGCAUUCGCGUUUUUGUGCCUCCCCGGUUUUAAGGAAAUUUGCUUUUCAAAUUUCCUGGAGAACCAAGGAAAUUCCUUACCGGCUGGAUGUGGGUUGGCCUAAGCACUCAGAAUACUUUACUGGAGCAACAUUUUGUGUUGCAAUUGACUCCCUCAGCGGAUUGGUUUACAUAGCCCAGAGAGGGGAUAACAUCCCAAAGGUAUUAGUGUUCACAGAGGAUGGAUAUUUCCUACGAUCCUGGAAUUAUACAGUUGACACACCUCAUGGUAUAUUUGCAGCCAGUACACUACAUGAGCAGUCUGUCUGGAUCACGGAUGUAGGAAGUGGAUCCUAUGGUCAUACUAUUAAAAAAUACAAUUCCUUUGGUGAUCUUGUUCAAGUCUUGGGUACCCCAGGCAAAAAAGGCACUGGUUUGAAUCCCUUGCAAUUUGAUAAUCCCGCAGAAUUAUUUGUAGAUGACACAGGAGAUAUUUACAUUGUGGAUGGAGAUGGAGGAUUGAAUAACAGAUUGAUCAAAUUGUCCCAAGAUUUCAUGAUGCUUUGGCUGCAUGGAGAACGUGGAACGGGGCCUGCUAAGUUCAACAUACCUCACAGUGUUACCGUUGAUUCAUUUGGUCGGGUGUGGGUUGCCGACCGAGGAAAUAAAAGAAUUCAAGUAUUUGAUAAAGACACUGGGGAGUGGUUAGGAGCAUGGAAUAAUUGUUUCACGGAAGAGGGACCUUCUUCAAUCAGAUUUACUCCGGACGGGAAGUACGUGGUUGUAGCCCAGCUGAAACUUUGCAGGCUCUUACUGGUGGCAGCGCCCCCAGUGGGAAGCAUCGGUAACUGUUCUGUAGUUGGCUCGAUCCAACUAGCAGAUCAAGUUUUACCUCAUCUCUUGGAUGUCAGUGGGAAGACUGGAGCAAUCUAUGUAGCAGAAAUUGGAGCAAAGCAAGUACAAAAAUAUGUCCCUAUGAAUAGCUAUUUUCCCUUAUUCGGUUCGUAAUGUUUCCUUUCGUGGAGAUCUUUCAAGCGGUAGUUCAGAUUCUCAAAUUCAUUGUUAAGCCCUUACAAAUAAUGUUCAAGCAUAAAAAAGUGUUUAUUUUUCCGUGACCUGGUGAUGAGAAAAAAUUGUUUUUAUAUCAUGAAGAACCAUAUGUUUUGUUGCUCUUCUUGUGACUUAGUUUUACUUGUAAGUGCAUUAGAAUAUUUUAAUGAAGGAAAUUUAGUAUUUAAAAAAAUGGAGUUGGAAAGAGGGACUGAGGUUGUAACCUGGGUAUU